AUGGAGCCUAUUGUGCCUAGUAGAGCUUUUUCUGCUCUUAUUUGCAAGUUUGAAGAGAAGAAGUGGUUGCAUGGUUGUAAAGUGGCUAAUGGAGGGCCUAGUGUCUCUCAUAUGCUCUUUGCGGAUGGCAGCUUUUUGUAUUGUAAGGCGACCAAUGGUGAGAUGAAUCGGGUUCUUCAGUUGCUUAGGAUGUUUGCUACUGCAAUGGGACAGCGUGUUAAUUUUGGAAAGUCUUUUGUCUUUUUUAGCACUAAUACUUCAUCUCAUUUGUGGCAGGCCAUCUGUGCUACUCUGGGCAUCCAUGAAGCGACUGAGCACAGUAUGUAUUUGAGGCUCCCGAGUACUGUUGGCAGGAAUAUAAAUGUCAUCUUCGGUUAUUUCAGGGACAAAGUUCAGAAGCGGAUCCAGUCUUGGGACAAUAAAUUUCUAUCUCGUGCAGGAAAGGAAGUUCUUAUUAAAUCAGUUGUUCAAUCUCUUCCGGCCUAUACAAUGAAUGUGUUUCUCAUUCCUGUGGGAAUUUGUCAGGACAUUGAGGGAGCUAUUACCAAGUUCUGGUGGAGGUCAAACAAGAAUAAAGGCAUACACUGA